ACGUCAUGCUAGACAACACUGAUAUCCAAUAGCAAUGCACUUUACAAAAAUAUAAUCUUUUGAUUUCUUUAAUUCUUUCUAACGUGUUAUUGUAAUCUUUGUAAUGUCCGAUUUGAGCAAUUUAUAAUGGAACUAAUUUUGAAAACCACAUCACUUCUUCUGGAAGAAACCCUAAAAUUCUCAGAGUGUCCAUGGAAGUAAAAUUCCAAGCUCUCUAACUGAGCUAAAGCUAUGAUGAACUUAUCAUACCGUAAUUACACUUCUGCUACGGCAUUCGACCAGGUUCUGACUCUUCUCCAUUACAUUAACCUCUCAAUCAUCAAAAACUCUUUGAAACUCAAUCAAAAAACCCAUGGUCGAAUUCUCAUUCUUGGGCUCUCACAAAACUCUUUUCUUGCCACAAAGCUAAUCUCUGCAUACUCUGCUUUUGGAAACUUAACCGAUUCAAUGCUCGUUUUUCAGAUGUUUAACCACAAGAAUGUGUAUUUAUGGAAUACUUUGAUUAAUGGGUACGUAAGGAAUAGUGAAUAUAGUAAAGCUUUUGAGUAUUUUAAACAAAUGUGUUGUUGUUGUGAUGAUUAUACACUUGCAACUAUGGCUAAAGUUUCAGGUGAAAUGGGAAACUUGGUGGCUGGGAAAUUGGUUCAUGGGAUGAGUUUAAGAGUUGGGUUUGAUUCUGACAUUGUUGUUUCGAAUUCAUUAAUGUCAAUGUAUUCCAAGUGUUCGAGUUUUGGUGAUUGUCGAAAGGUGUUCGAUGAAAUGCCUCAAAGAAAUGUGGGUUCUUGGAGUGUGUUUUUAGCUGGGUAUGUUGGUUUUGGGAAGCAGAGUUUUGAUCAAGAAUUGUUGGGAUUGAUUAAAUGUAUGCAGAUUGAUGGGAUGAAGCCUGAUGGGUUUACGAUUUCGAGUAUUUUGCCUUUGUGUGGUAUCGAUUCCAGGAAAUGGCCUGAUUAUGGUGGAGAGCUUCAUUGUUACAUUUUAAGGAAUGGAUUGAGUUUUGAUGUUCAUCUUGGAUGUUGUUUAAUCGAUAUGUAUUCGAAGAGUGGAAGAAUUUUCGAGGGUAGACGAGUUUUCGAUCAAAUGAGGAGUAGAAAUGUUUAUACUUGGACAACAAUUAUCAAUGGUUACACAAAAAAUGGAGAUUCAGAUGAAGCUUUGAGUCUUUUCCAUGAGAUGCAAGUGAAAGAUGGUAUAGAACCGAAUAAGGUAACUCUUUUAAGUGUUCUUCCUGCUUGUAACUCUCAUGGUUGUUUAAGAAUUGGCAAACAAAUUCAUGGUUUUGUAGUAAGGAAAGUACUGAAUUGUAAUGUGUCUUUAUCCAAUGCUUUGAUCGAUAUGUAUUCGAAAUGUGGGAGCUUAGAUCUUGCUAGACGAGUUUUCGAGGAUGAGUCGUUUUGUAAAGACGCAAUCUCUUGGACUUCAAUGAUUUCGGGGUAUGGAUUACAUGGAAAGGGCAAGGAAGCUUUGUCAUUGUAUUCUAAGAUGGUUCUUCAAGGGAUAAGUUUAGAUACAAUAACAGUUGUAGGAAUUCUUUCGGCUUGUGGAAGAUCGGGUUUGAUCAAUGAAGGUCUUAAAAUCUAUGACUCAGUCGUUAAUGAUCAUGGAAUUAAACCAACAGUUGAGAUUUGUGCUUGUGUUGUAGACAUGCUUGGCCGAUCAGGGCAACUCGAUCGAGCACUAGAGUUCAUCGAAGGAAUGCCUGUUAAACCCGGGCCAAGUGUUUGGGGAGCACUUGUUAGUGCUUCUGUCAUACAUGGAAACACUAAGAUGCAAGAACUAGCUUAUAGAUUUCUUAUCGAAAUAGAACCCGAGAAUCCCUCGAAUUUUAUUUCGAUUUCGAAUUUGUAUGCUUCUUCAGAACAAUGGGAUGUUGUUGCUGAUGUAAGAACAAAGAUGAGAGAAAGUGGGAUGAAGAAGGAACCUGGGUGUAGUUGGAUUAACAUUAAUAGUACCACUCAUUGUUUUUAUGUUGCAGAUAAAACUCAUCCAUGUUCAUACUCAAUUUAUGAAAUGCUUGAGAAUCUUAAAUUUGUUAUGAAAGGUUCAAAUCAGUCAUCUUCUGAUAAUGAAAGUUUUCAAACAUAAAUUUUAGCUU